AUGGGAGAUAAAACUGAUCAAGAUGAUAAUGAAUACACUAAUCUUUAUAUUGGAAAUAUUCCUUAUUCAAGUACAGAAAAAGAUGUAAAGAAUUUCAUUCAAUGUGAUGAAUGUAAAAUCACUAUAGUUAUAGAUAAAAAUACAGGGAAAACAAAAGGGUUUGGUUUUGUGGCAUUUGAAACUCAUGAACAAGCAUUGGAAAUAAAGAAUAAGUUACAAGGAAAAGAAUUAGAAGGACGACCAAUUAUAUUGAAAUGGGAUAGAGGAUUACAAUCAAAAGUAUCAGACAAAAACUAUAAAUUUGGAUAUCAUAAACAACAAAAAUCAUCUUCAAGAAGAAGAGGAAGGAGUUAUUCUCGUCAUAGAUCUUCUCAUAGAAGAGAACAUUCUUCUAGAUCAAGAAGUGAUUCAUAUGAAAGACGACAUCAUUACCAUCGUCAUUAUCAUUCUUCUGAAAGUCCAUCAUCUAGAAGUACAUCACGAGAUGAUAGACAUCAUUCUCACCGUUAUAGUGAUUCUAGAAAAAGCUCAUCUAAAAGAGAUGAAUCAAUAAGAGAAAAAUCCCCAGAAAAAAAUGAAGAAGAGCAUAGUUUCUGA